UUGUACUUAAACUAGCGGUGACAUUUGUACAGGACGUUACUUAGAAGUAGCCUAAACAUGCAGAUUCCUGUAUUCACUGUUGAUGCCUUUACAAACAAACCCUUUUGUGGCAACCCUGCAGCUGUCUGUUUGAUUGAAGACGAAUUGCAGGAUGACAUUUGCCAAAAGAUCAGUUCUGAAAUGAAUUUAUCAGAGACAGCAUACAUUAAGAAGCUGAAUUCUAAGGAUACGUUUAGCUCAGCUUCCCGCUUUGGGCUGAGGUGGUUUACACCAACAAGAGAGGUUCCACUCUGCGGACAUGCAACCUUAGCAUCAGCAGCUGUGUUGUUCUACAUACAAAAAAAUUCGAACUCAUCUCUCACAUUUGAAACUCUGAGUGGAGAGCUGUAUGCCAGACUGUCCGGUGACCAUAUCGUCUUAGAUUUCCCAAUGCAUACAUCAACACCACAGGAUCCCCAGGAAGUUAAAGAACUGAUUAAAACAGCUGUGGGUGACCUUGCUAUUCAAGAUGUUCGCUACUCCAGUGCAACAAAGAAACUUCUUGUACGUCUGUGUGACACUUAUAACAGGUCUGUGCUGGAGAGCCUGAAGCCAGAUACUGAAUCUCUGAUGAAAAGUGACAGCACAGGAAAGGUGGCAGGACUGAUAAUCACGUUGAAAGGAAAUCAAAAUGGCAACUAUGACUUUUACUGCAGAUAUUUUUCUCCGUGGAAUGGUAUUCCAGAGGAUCCCGUCACAGGGUCUGCACACACAGUGUUGGGCAGCUAUUGGUCAGAGCAACUAGGAAAAAAAGAGAUGCUUUCCUGUCAGUGCUCUCGUCGAGGAGGACAGCUGAAGAUCUCAGUGAGGGGCGAUGGGAGAGUGGACAUGGCUGGGCAGACCGUGACCGUGCUGAGUGGGAACCUCAUGCUAUAAACACCUGAAUGGAAUGAACAUUGCCUAAAUAAUAAUAAAACAAUGUGGUCAGAUGCAUAGAGUACUUCAGUUUGCUCCUUAUCAACCAAGCCAAACCUCUCCAGUACAUCACCCUGACUUCAAAUUGGCUCAGGAAGUGAAACAUUUCAAAAGGGUGCUGCUGUUCGAUAUAGUGGAGUUAUGUACGUCACAGUUUAGUUUUACUUAUCUAGAGUAAAGUGUAUCCAAUUGUUAUAAAAACUUGGUUAGGACAUUCUUUAGCAGUAGUUAUUGAGCGUGUCAGACUAUGGAGGGGUUAAGUAUAUCAACAUAUCACACUUUUAUAGUAUCUAGGGAACCAUUUUUCAUAUUUUGGAGAGGAUCAGAAUCUGGGUAUAUAUUAAAAGGACCUGUCUGUCUGUCCAUAUACCACAGUUACAUUUUUAUAUGGAUGUAGGUCAGCGGUUCCCAACCUGUUGAGUAAACUCCAGGUGAUCCGUGAGUAAACUCCAGGUGGUCCGCAAACAACUCCCAGAAUUUGGUUAUGCAGUUCUUGCAAAAAACUAUUUCUACAGAAUCACCCGUUGUGCAACUACAAUAUAUUACAAAGAAACACAAACAGCUUUAACCACAUUACAUACAAUUCUAAGCUAUGUAUGUAGUCUGCAUUUUCCCCAUUUAUCAGUUUUCUUUUAUUACAGGUGUGUUUAUAUAAAUGAUUAUAUAUUUCAGCUCCCUUUCAAUACCAAGCAUCGCCUUCAAAGCCACCAUUAAUGAAACAGCUUUCCAAUGUCAAAUAAAUACUAACUAAAUAACUUGCACAUUAUAAAGCCACAUUUGUCUUGUCAAAAAUACAGACUUCUUUUUUUAACCCGCAUUAUUAAAAAACCUACUAGUAUUCACGUAAAUGCACAUCUUUCUAAUCUGUGAUUCUACUGCUUGUUUACACGUAAUCUGGUUUCCUAACUAGGCUGGAAUGACAAUUAAAAAUAAAUAAAUACAUUUAAAAGUUUAA